CCUCAUUUCCAUUAUUUCUUGCUGCCAAUAGUUUCCAGAUAUCUUCCAGCUUUUUUCUCUAUUAUUUCCUCUUCGUUUCCAUUACUUCUUGUCGACAAUAAUUUCCAUUACUUUUUGCUGCCAAUUAUUUCCUCCUACUACUAUUUUUCAUUGCCUUUCAAGAUCAACCCUUCAGAACGCAUCAAUUAGGAGUGCUUACUGAUACAUGAAAAGAAAUGGCAGAAGCAGUUCCAUUCGGUAUAGCUACUAAUAUACUAAUGAAUUUGGGUUCGUCCACAUUCCAAGAAAUAGGAGCAACAUAUGGUGUGAAAAAGGACCUGCGCAAGCUGGAAAACACACUCUCAACCAUUAAAGCCGCACUUCUUGAUGCUGAAGAGAGGCAAGAGAAGAGCCAUUUAGUGCAAGAUUGGAUAAGAAAGCUUAAAGAUGUUGUUUAUGAUGCUGAUGAUGUAUUAGAUUCAUUUGCAACUAAAGCUUUAAGUCGUCAACUGGACACAACAACUGCUGCUGCUGCUGCUGGUAUAAGGAUUAAAGAGCAAGUAAGUGAAUUCUUUUCUAUGUCUAAUCAACUUGCUUUUCGUUAUAAGAUGGCCCAAAAUAUAAAAGAUAUCAGGGAAAGAGUAGAUGAUAUUGCGGCUGACAUGUGGAAGUUUAACUUCAAAGGAAGAGUGUUUGAACUAGGGGUGCAUGACAAGGGAAGGGGACAGACUCAUUCUUUUGUACCAACAUCUGAAAUAAUUGGUAGGGAUAGGAAUAAGGAGGAGAUAGUGAACUUGUUAACAUGUUCAAGUAGCCGUAGUAAUCUUUCAAUUGUUCCAAUUGUUGGAAUUGGUGGAUCAGGCAAAACAACCCUUGCUCAAUUGGUUUAUCAGGAUAAAAGGGUAGUCAGUUCUUUUGAAGAAAGGAUGUGGGUGUGUGUCUAUAAAAAUUUUGAUGUUAGAAUGAUUGCUUCUAGCAUUGUUAAAUCUAUAACUAAAAUUGAUCCCGGGAACUUGGAGCUUGACCAAUUGCAGUCAUGUCUUAGGGAAAAUUUAGAUGGGAAGAGAUAUUUGCUUGUCUUGGAUGAUGUUUGGGAUGAAAGCUAUGAGAGAUGGGUUUGUUUGGAGAGUUUGUUAAGAAUUGGAGCUCAAGGAAGUAAGAUUCUGGUCACUACUCGAAGUAGAAAAGUGGCCUCUGUCAUGGGUAUCAGCUGCCCAUAUGUUUUGGAAGGCCUAAGGGAAGAUGAUUGUUGGGCAUUGUUUGAGCACAUGGCGUUUGAAGGAGACAAGGAGAGAGUGAAUCCAAGCCUGAUAACAAUCGGAAAGCAAAUGGUGAGGAGAUGCAAAGGAGUUCCUCUUGCCGUAAAAAGCUUGGGGAAUGUAAUGCGAACAAAAACAGAAGAGACUGAAUGGUUGACUGUCCAAAAUGAUGAGAUUUGGAGGAUUUCUUUUGAUGAUGAUGAAAUUAUGCCUGCACUCAAAUUGAGUUAUGAUCAUUUGCCAAUCCCUUUAAGACAGUGUUUUGCCUUUUGUUCAAUUUUCCCAAAAGAGUACAUAAUCCAGAAAGAUUUGUUGAUCCAGUUAUGGAUUGCUCAUGGUUAUAUCCACUCUACAAAUGGGAAUCAGCAUCUGGAAGAUCUUGGUGAUCAGUACUUUAAGGAUCUAUUGGCAAGGUCUUUCUUUCAAGAAGUGGAGACAGAUGAGUAUGGCCACAUCAAAACAUUUAAGAUGCAUGAUCUUAUGCAUGGUCUUGCCCAAGUAGUUGCAGGGACAGAUUGUGCUAUUGCAGGAACUGAUGUAGAGAAUAUUUCUGAAAGAGUCCAUCACGUAUCUGUUUUACAACCUUCUUAUUCUCCGGAAGUGGCUAAGCAUUUACUAGAAGCAAAGAGCAUGAGGACUUUGUUUUUGCCAGAUGAUUAUGGAUUUACCGAAGAAUCAGCUUGGGCAACUCUAAUUUCAAAGUUUAAAUGCCUACGUGCAUUGGACUUGCAUCAUUCAUGUAUCAGGCAAUUGCCCUAUACCAUAGGCAAGUUAAAGCAUUUGAGAUAUCUUGAUCUUUCUGAUAAUGGUGAUUUCAAAAGCCUUCCCUGUUUCAUAUGUAAUCUAUAUAAUUUGCAAACUCUUUUGCUCUCAAAUUGUACAAGUCUUCAGUGUUUACCAAGAGACCUUGGAAAACUUAUUAGCCUUAGACAUCUUAUGAUUGAUGGGUGUCAUAGGCUGACUCACCUGCCAUCUCAGUUGGGAAAAUUGACUUCACUGCAAAGGCUACCAAGGUUUAUCAUAGCAUUGAACAAAGAAUGCUUUCCAGGCAGUGCAAAGCUCAAAGACUUAAAUGGCCUAAACCAGUUGAGAGAUGAAUUAUGUAUUGAAAACCUUGGAGAAGUCAAGAAUGAUGUAUUCGAGUCCAAAGGUUCAAAUUUAAAAGGGAAGAAAUUCCUCCGAUCCCUGAAUCUAAAUUGGGGGCCAAUUAGAGGUGGUGAUAAUGAACAUGAUGAGUUAUUGAUGCAAAACCUGCAGCCACACUCAAAUUUGAAGAAGUUGCACGUGGAAGGUUAUGGAGCAGUGAAAUUCUCAUCUUGGCUCUCGUUGCUUAGAGGUAUUGUGAAAAUUACCAUAAAGAAUUGCCACAAGUGCCAACAUCUGCCACCUCUUCAUGAGCUUCGCACUCUCAAGUUCCUCAGUCUUCAAGAGUUGACAAACCUCGAGUACAUAGAUGAUGGUAGUAGCCAGCCCUCAUCAUCUCUGAUAUUCUUCCCAUCCUUGAAAGUACUCUCACUUGUUGACUUGCCUAAUUUGAAGAGAUGGUGGAGGACAAAAGCAGCGGCUGAGUUGAUGAGCAAUAGUGAAAUAGCAUCAUCAUUACUUGCUGAACACCAAGAAGAACAGCCUAUGCUACUACCUUUUUUUCCUCGUCUUUCUAGCCUAAAAGUUCACCACUGCUUUAACUUGACAUCCAUGCCACUCCAUCCUUACCUUGAAGAGCUAUAUCUAUAUGAAGUUAGUGAGGAACUUUUGCAGCAACAAAGAACGAUGAUAAUCACUGCAAUGACAAUGAGGAUCAGCAUGAUGAUGAUGAUGAUGGCAGCUUUACAAAGCCCCAAAGCUUCUUCUUCUUCUCCUUCUUCUUCCUCCUCCACUUCUUGCUCCACCUCCUCCUCCUUUAACUCUUCAAUACCUUCCCACUAUUCCUUCUCCGCCUCUCCUCUUUCUAAAUUGAAGUCUCUACAGCUGGUGAGAAUCGAUGACUUAAAAUCUUUGCCAGAGAUAUGGUUGCCAAAUCUCACUUCUCUCGAGCUUAUAAAAAUUGAAGAGUGCCCUAGACUACAAUGUUUGCCGGGGGAAGGUUUUAGAGCCUUAACCUCUCUCAGGACUCUAAGGAUAUACAGAUGUGAAAAUUUGAAGACUCUAUCUCAGGGCAUUCAGUAUCUCACUGCCCUUGAGGAACUGAGAAUUAAGAGCUGUGAGAAGCUUCAUCUUUCAGAUGAUGGCAUGCAGCUGCAAGACCUUAAAAACCUCCAUUGUCUAGAACUCAAUGACAUCCCAAGGAUGACGUCUCUUCCAAAUUGGAUUCAAGACAUCCCCUGUCUACUGGAAUUACAUAUUGAAGAAUGCCAUAGUUUGAGCACUUUGCCAGAGUGGAUAGGCAGCCUGUCAUCGCUUCAAAGACUUAAAAUUUCAUAUAUCUCCCGAUUGACUUCAUUGCCAGAUAGUAUUCGUGCUCUUGCAGCUUUACAACAGCUCAGAAUUUGCAACUGUCCCAAACUUUCAAAAAGAUGCCGGAAACCCACAGGUGCUGAUUGGUUAAAAUUUUCCCAUGUUGCAAUGAUCAAAAUUAAUGGAAAAUGGGUUCAACGACUAACAUGACAUUGUUCUGACUGGUAGCAUUCUGCAGCUGAAUUGGAUGAACUCAGGAAACUGAUGAUGCUAUAAAGUUCAGAGCAAAAAAGCCAAUAAGAAGCAGAAGAAGAAUUAUGACUGUUCUGCAACUGAAGGACAACCAUCAGAUGGAUUAUGCGACACUUUCUUGUCAUUCUUGAUGAGUUUGUAAUGUCCUCUGAAAUGAAAUAUCAAAAUGUGGUGCAGUUAGUAGCAAGUCAUGAACUUAGAUAUAGAGGUUCAACAUGUCUGAUAAGUUGGACUCAAUUCCUGCUUUAGUGAUACUUGGAGAGGAAAUGGUGUUUAAGGUUGCUUCGCAGGUAUAUAUAAGCUAUUUCUAAUGUCCGAUCAUUUGUAAUAUACUCAACAGGCUAAUAUGUUUGAACACUGUAUUCCCGUCU